AUGACGGAGAACAAAGGGGCAGACUCUUCUCCCAAUCAGCCUAAUGGAGUGGGAACGAGCUGGUGGCUGAGCUGGAUGGGCAGCGACAGGCAGAAGGCCCUCAGGGAGAGGCCUGAGCUGCUGCUCUGGAUUCUGCUCUGGAUCCCUCUCCAGCCUCGCUCCCUCCACGCGGUGUCGGCCGUCAACCUCCGGCGCUUCGUCGGCUGCGCGGUGAGAGAGUUCACCUUCCUGGCCAAGAAGCCCGGCUGCAGGGGCAUGCACAUCACCACGGACGCCUGCUGGGGGCGCUGCGAGACCUGGGAGAAGCCCAUUGUGGACGCUCCCUACAUCGAGUCCCAUCAGCGCGUGUGCACGUACAACGCGACUCGCCUGGUCACCGUGAAGCUGCCGAGCUGCCAGGCCCACGUGGACCCGUCCUACACCUACCCCGUGGCCCUGAGCUGCCACUGUGGAGUGUGUGUGACCAGCACCACCGAGUGUGUCACCUUCGUCUGAACCACACACUGCUCCGUGUUAGCAGACGGGACAUGGACCAGAUGGGAUGUUUAUAUAAUAGAUCAUUAGUUUUUAAUGACACACUUGUCCUGCUGAUGGUUGAUGAAUCUGUAAAAUGCCGACAAACGUCAAACACAUUAUUAUUCUGCAGCUGGAAUAUGAUCUAUGUCUCUGAAGCUUUGGAUCCAUUAAGCAAACACAGUUUUUCUUAACACAACUUCUGAAAACAAUCUUGUACUUCUCCCCUGUGGAGUUUAAAGUGUCUU